CUUUCUUCACGACUUUUCGAUCCCUGACUCUCCCUACUCUCAUCCUCCCACGAUGUCCUACCCUCCCCGACUCAACAAUAGAGUAGCCCUUAUAACGGGCGGCUCCUCCGGUCUUGGUCGUGCAAUAGCUCUCCUCUUUGCACGCUCCGGUGCCCGAAUUUGUAUCGUUGACCUGUACGAUCGGCCCCGCAACGCGACCAACCCUCACACGGGCAAAGCAGACGACUUCAACAAUCGUGUUGAGGGCGGGACGAGUGUCGUGGAGGAAGUCGAGAAUGAGCUGGGAGACGGUAGAGCAGUUUUCGUGAGAGCGGAUAUCACUGUUGCUGGGGAGGUGGACGCAGCAGUGGGACGGUGCGUAGAAGUAUUCGGAAGACUUGACAUCAUGAUGAACAACGCCGGUAUAUCGGUCGAGUCAACGCAUCCGAGUCCCCUUCCCCUGCACCUCACUUCGGAAUCCGACUGGGACAAGACCUUCGCCAUCAACACCAAAGCCGUCUUUCUCUGCUGCAAAUAUGCUCUGAUCCAAAUGCUGAAGCAAGAUCCUCCACCCGACUCCAAGGAAAGGGGCUGGAUAGUGAACACCGCGAGCAUCCAGGGCCUGGUGGCGUACUUUAACACUCCAAGCUACACCGCCUCCAAAGGCGCCAUAACCCAACUCACAAAACAACUCGCCCUCGACUACGCUCCAUACAGAAUCCACGUCAACUCCCUCUGUCCAGGAUUCCUCCGCACAGCCAUGACGCAAAACUUGCAGAACGACCCCGUGAAGCAAGCGGAGAUCGACGGAGCGCAUCCGCUGGGUGGCAUGGGUGAUCCGGAGGAUGUGGCGAGGGUGGCGCUGUUUUUGGCGAGUGAGGAUGUGAGAUGGGUUACGGGCGUUAAUUUGCCGGUUGAUGGAGGGUAUACCGCGAUUUAG